CAGGCUCGCGCUACGGCAGUGGUGCUGGGAGUCUCGUGUUCGCGGUGCCGUUACUCGCAGUCGGGCGGCGGCCGAGGCUCAGCGCAGAGCGCAGGUAGCGCGUUAGCAGCAGCAGCAGCCGCGGAGGCACCUCGGCGGUCAGAGCCCCUGCGCUAGUGCAGCCACCCUCGCCUGCUCCGCUCUUCCUUCCUUCGCUCGCACCAUGGCUGAUCAGCUGACCGAAGAACAGAUUGCUGAAUUCAAGGAAGCUUUCUCCCUAUUCGAUAAAGAUGGUGAUGGCACCAUCACAACAAAGGAACUUGGGACUGUCAUGAGGUCACUGGGUCAGAACCCAACAGAAGCUGAACUGCAGGAUAUGAUCAACGAAGUGGAUGCUGAUGGGAAUGGCACCAUUGACUUCCCAGAGUUCUUGACCAUGAUGGCUAGAAAAAUGAAAGAUACAGAUAGUGAAGAAGAAAUCCGUGAGGCAUUCCGAGUGUUUGACAAGGAUGGGAAUGGUUACAUCAGCGCAGCAGAGCUGCGCCACGUCAUGACAAACUUAGGAGAAAAACUAACAGACGAAGAAGUAGAUGAAAUGAUCAGAGAAGCAGAUAUUGAUGGAGAUGGACAAGUCAACUAUGAAGAAUUCGUACAGAUGAUGACUGCAAAAUGAAGACCCACUUUCAACUACUUUUCCCUCUAGAAGAAUCAAAUUGAAAUCUUUUACUUACCUCUUACAAAAAAAAAAAAAAGAAAAAAGAAAAAAGUUCAUUUAUUCAUUCUGUUUCUAUCUAGCAAAACUGAAUGUCAAACGUACCUUCUGUCCACACAAAAUCUGCAUGUAUUGGUUGGUGGUCCUGUCCCCUAAAGAUCAAGCCCCCAUCAGUUUCACUGCAUAAAUACUCAUACUACCUUCUAAGGAACCACCUAGUGGACUCCUUAAAGUUCCAUUUGCUAAUGAUUAAUACACUGUUUGGGCUGGCCAGUUUCUCAUGCAUGCAGCUUGACGAUUGAGCACAGUCAGGCCUUUGUAUUAAAACCAAAACAGAAAAAAAAAAAAAAACAAAAACAAAAACAAAAAAAAAAAAAAAACAAAUUCAAAACCUCAGAUGGGUUCUACAAUUUGUUGGGAUAAAAAUUGUCAGUAGCCAGUUUACCGUAAACAUUUAAAAUUGGUUUACCUCGGGAUGAUGUGCAGAAAAUGGGUAAAGGCUAAACUUGGAGACACAGCCCCAGAAGUACUUCAAGUGCUCCAACCCCUUGGUGACAGUGACACCCCGGUGGCAUGCCCCAGUAUGAUGGUUUAGUGUUGUGUGCAUUGUACUAGAGUGAAAUGAACAUCAAGGAUGUCACCAGAUCACACAAAUUUUUAAUAAGAAAUGUUUACCAAGGGAGCAUCUUUGGACUCUCUGUUUUCAAACCUUGCGAACCCUGACGGAGCCAGCAGAGUAGGCUGUGGCUGUGGACUGGAGCACAACCAUCGACAUUGCUGUUCAGGAAGUUAUAAUUUAACGUCCAUUCCAAGUUGUAAAUGCUAGUCUUUUAUUUUUUUUUUUUUCCAAUAAAAAGACCAUUAACUUAAAA